AUGCAGCAACCCAACAAGGUCUGCAUCAUCACAACCAGGUCUGCAUCAACACAACAAGGUCUGCAGCAACACAACAAGUCCAGCUCCCGCCUCCGUUUGGAGCAGAGUGUGGAGGAGAGUGUGGUGCAGAGUGUGGAGGAGAGUCUGGAGCAGAGUGUGGAGGAGAGUGUGGAGGAGAGUCUGGAGCAGAGUGUGGAGGAGAGUGUGGUGCAGAGUGUGGUGCAGAGUGUGGAGGAGAGUCUGGAGCAGAGUGUGGAGGAGAGUGUGGAGCAAAGUGUGGAGCAGAGUGUGGUGCAGAAGUGUGGAGCAGAGUGUGGUGCAGAGUGUGGAGGAGAGUGUGGAGCAGAGUGUGGUGCAGAGUGUGGAGCAGAGUGUGAAGCGGAGUGUGGAGCAGAGUGUGGUGCAGAGUGUGGAGCAGAGUGUGGAGGAGCGAGCAGUGUGGAGCAGAGUGUGGAGCAGAGUGUGGUGCAGAGUAUGGAGCAGAGUGUGGUGCAGAGUGUGGAGCAGAGUGUGGAGCAGAGUGUGGAGCAGAGUGUGGAGCAGAGUGUGGAGCAGAGUGUGGAGCAGAGUGUGGAGCAGAGUGUGGAGCAGAGUGUGGAACAGAGUGUGGUGCAGAGUGUGGAGCAGAGUGUGGAGCAGAGUGUGGAGGAGAGUCUGGAGCAGAGUGUGGCGCAGAGUGUGGAGCAGAGUGUGGUGCAGAGUGUGGAGCAGAGUGUGGAGCAGAGUGUGGUGCAGAGUGUGGUGCAGAGUGUGGAGCAGAGUGUGUUGCAGAGUGUGGUGCAGAGUGUGGAGCAGAGUGUGGUGCAGAGUGUGGUGCAGAGUGUGGAGCAGAGUGUGGUGCAGAGUGUGGAGCAGAGGUGUGGUGCAGAGUGUGGCGCAGAGUGUGGUGCAGAGUGUGGAGCAGAGUGUGGUGCAGAGUGUGGAGCAGAAGUGUGGAGCAGAGUGUGGAUCAGUGUGGAGCAGAGUGUGGAGCAGAGUGUGGAGCAGAGUGUGGUGCAGAGUGUGGAGCAGAGUGUGGUGCAGAGUGUGGCGCAGAGUGUGGAGCAGAGUGUGGUGCAGAGUGUGGACCAGUGUGGAGCAGAGUGUGGAGCAGAGUGUGGACCAGUGUGGAGCAGAGUGUGGAGCAGAGUGUGGAUCAGUGUGGAGCAGAGUGUGGAGCAGAGUGUGGAGCGUCCUGUGUGA